GAGAACCCCGCCUCUUUUUCCUGCACUUUGCACCAUCUGACUGACUAAAUGGUUGUCCUCCGAACCAAAAAGGCUACCAGACAAUCUGAGGAAAUUGUCUCUGACUAGGUCAUGUUCGCAUUUGAAGAAUUCAGUGAACAGAGUAUCUGCCAAGCCCGGGCUUCCGUGAUGGUCUACGAUGACACCAGCAAGAAAUGGGGACCAAUCAAACCUGGCCAGCAGGGGUUCAGCCGGGUCAACAUCUACCACAACACUGCCAGCAGCACCUUCCGAGUGGUCGGGGUCAAACUGCAGGAUCAGCAGGUUGUGAUCAAUUAUUCAAUCGUGAAAGGGCUGAAGUACAAUCAGGCGACACCGACCUUCCACCAGUGGCGAGACGCCCGCCAGGUCUACGGCUUGAACUUCGCCAGCAAGGAGGAGGCGACCACGUUCUCCAACGCCAUGCUGUUCGCCCUGAGCGUCAUGAAUUCCCAGGAGGGAGGCCCCGCCACCCAGCGUCAGGUGCAGAAUGGCCCCUCUCCUGAUGAGAUGGACAUCCAGAGAAGACAAGUGAUGGAGCAGCAGCACCAGCAGCAGCGCCAGGAGUCUCUAGAGAGAAGAGCCUCCGCCACAGGACCCACCCUCCCACCGGGGCACCCCUCAUCGGCAGCCAGCGCCCCCCUCUCCUGUAGCGGGCCUCCGCCCCCGCCCCCGCCCCCUGUCCCACCACCACCCACGGGGGCCACGCCCCCGCCCCCGCCCCCACUGCCAGCCGGAGGAGCCCAGGGCUCCAGCCACGACGAGAGCUCCGUGUCGGGACUGGCCGCCGCCCUGGCUGGAGCCAAGCUGAGGAGGGUCCAGCGGCCAGAAGAUGCGUCUGGAGGCUCCAGCCCCAGUGGGACCUCCAAGGCCGAUGCGAGCCGGGCGAGCAGCGGGGGCGGCGGGGGCGGCCUCAUGGAGGAGAUGAACAAGCUGCUGGCCAAGAGGAGAAAAGCAGCCUCCCAGACAGACAAGCCGGCCGAUAAAAAGGAAGAUGAAAGCCAAACGGAAGAGCCGAGCAUCUCUCCAUCUCCGGGGACCCGAGCAGCCAGCCAGCCACCUAACUCCUCAGAGGCCGGCCGGAAGCCCUGGGAGCGGAGCAACUCCGUGGAGAAGCCCGUGUCCGCACUACUGUCCAGAACCCCGUCUGUGGCCAAGAGCCCCGAAGCUAAGAGCCCCCUCCAGUCGCAGCCUCACGCUAGGAUGAAGCCAGCAGGAAGCGUCAACGACGUGGCCCUGGACGCCUUCGAUUUGGACCGGAUGAAACAGGAGAUCCUGGAGGAGGUGGUCCGAGAACUCCACAAGGUGAAGGAGGAGAUCAUCGACGCCAUCAGGCAGGAGCUGAGCGGGAUCAGCACCUCAUAGGCGCGCAGCCCCCGCGCCCAAGAUGUGUCCCCCCGUGGACGGCGGGGGACAGUGAGGAGCCCAGCCGGCCCGGCCGCCAGCACGCGAGCACGCACUGAAGCUGGGAUGUGCUUCAUUUACAGUCUUAGCCUGUGAUAAAACAUUAAAAUGAGGAAAAAGUUCAAGUCCUGGAUUUUUUAGAUUCUACCUGACACAACACCAGGUCUACUCACCUUUUUUUGUAUUUUAUAUUUGUCUAUUUAAGUGUACAUUUCUUUUGGUUUAUAGAGAAGACACCCCCAAAUCACGCGCUUCAUUAGGUGGUUCCGAGUUUGCUCCGGGGUGGCGCUGUCAGCACCUGGGCUGGCGUGGCGAGCCGUGCGCGCUCAGCGCCUUCCCAGGGUCCUGUGCGAAGGUCUGUGCACGCUCCACGGUGUCCG